UUGGCGAAGUGAGCGUGCCCCGCAGCCGAUGUCAUUCGGAUUCCCUGCGCCGCAGCCUGGUUCCACCACCUCCGAACUUAUAGAAGCUGAGUCGCCGCACAUUAGCUGUCAGACGUCUGAAGACACGAAGGAAGAGAAUGUUAUUCAUGCGGAAGCGGAAUUGGAGGCAGCGGCAGACGAAGCCACCGGCAAGCUGCAGAAAGAUUUAGAUGUUGUAGAGCCACCGCGCAGUCCUGAAGAGAAAGAAACGAAAGCUCGGGAAAAAAGCGGAUUCCUAACCAAUAUCUUAGAGAAAGCAGCCCACGCGUUUGCGUCAUCCAGUCUAACUCAAAUGGAAGGAGGAGAAGAGGUCCGGGAGUUUCAGAAGCGGAUUAUUGCAGCCCUAGACGAGAAAAAGCCUCCGUCACCAAUGACACAAGAAGAUUUCAGUGAGCUGGCAGAAGAGACAGCACCGGUGGUGGCAACCGAGUGUGUUCGAGACUACUCUGUACAGUGCCCCAAUGACUUCACCCCUGACGAGGCGAAUUGCGUUGCGUUGGAUUCGUACUCUGGGCCAUGCACGAAAACACAAAAGGAUCUGCACAAACUAACGGAUGAGCAGAAAGCAGUCUGGUCGGAUAUUUGCCAGGUCAGCUUCCCGUGCUUGCCCGACAGUUGCCCCGCGGGCUCGAACUAUAGAAGGCAAUGCCCCGUGGACUGGAAGCCGGAUGCCGAUGGAAGAUGCCAUGCCGCUUCGGGCAAGUCUCCGUGCGACAGCAAAAUCCGGGGGGACUCAUCCGCUGAAGAAAAGGCUAACUUUGAGUCUACUUGCAAAGUGCGCUGGCCUUGCCUUCCUCUUAACUGCGCCAAGGAUUAUAGCGCCGCGUGCCCGGAAGGUUGGUAUCAAUCCUCGAACCAUCUGUGUUCUCCACCGGCGCUCUACAACGGCCCAUGCAAGCAGCCAGUAGAUACGAGUGAAUACGUCGGAAGGAGCGAUCUAAAGGCAGCUUUUGAAAAGAGGUGUCUUGCCCCCUGGAAGUGCAACUGGCCGUUGACUGCUCGGCAAAGAGAUUACGAAGCAACUUGUCCUCUUUCCUGGUUUCGCUUGACUGACGGGACAUGCGAGGCUCCACCGGACUUUCAGUCAUCCGCGAACUGUCCUCGUCGCAUAAAUUCUGCAAUGUCUGCAUCUGAGAAAGCAUCGUUUGCGGUUGGAUGCGAUGUAGAUUUCCCUUUUGCCGAACGUGGGGAGUGCCCGCGAGAUUUCUCGUCAAGGUGCCCGAUCGGCUGGCUUGACGUAGGAGACGGACUCACUUGCCGGGCUCCUGAAGAUUACAUCGGGAAAUGCGACCGAGUGCUCAACUUUGGGAAGAUGAACGACAGCCAGAAGCUCGAUAAGAUGGCUCUGUGCACCGUUGACUGGCCUUGCAUCGGCGAAUGGACUCGGGGAAUUACAUUUGUUCGUGUGGAGUCGACACGGAAAUCCCCGUUGCCGUCAUCUACAGCACAGGCGAACGGCGCUGUCAACGAAAGUGGUGCUGUGGAGACUCCCCUCACACAGUAACAAACUGGCACCGUUCAGCUAGCCGAAACUGAUGGAUCCUUGCACAGAUCCGGGAGCUUGAUUUAUAUUUUUUCCCAGCUGAUGCAUAUUCUAGCAUCGCUUGAAGCAAAAAGCAGACUCUACACAAGUUUGCAAGACAUUCCAUGGAUGUGUGCUUCCAUUUGUAUUGCGAGUUACUCGGCAGACACUGGAAAACUUGUCAAGCAACAGCUCCCACCAACACGUGUCCGACACAAAAAGCUCUACAUGUGCCUCGAUCACCAAACACACUCCGUUUUCAAGCGCUUGUCACAAUGUUGCUGCACCUUAUUCGAAUAAUGCGUCGCACAAUACGUUGGCGUUGACUUUGCGUCGGCGCAACAUUGUGACGUCAGAAAGCACGUGGCAAUGUGCCGAGCGAGCAGCGGAAGUAGAGAGGGGAGAUGUCGUUCCCAAUUGCACUGCGGAAACCAUACUGAAG